CUGCCGCCUGCUUUUAUGCGUGCCGCCCAUUACGAUCGGUUGAACUAUUGCUAGUCGGAAGACUGUUAGUUGGACUGGCUGGAGGUCUCGUUACAGCAUUCAUGUCCAUGUGGCAUAGUGAACUCGCAGCACUAUCCCAGCGAAGCACUUUGGCACCGUUAUGCCCCAUGGGCUUGACGCUGGGCGUCGUUGUAUCACAAAUCUGUAGUCUACGGUCAUUGCUCGGCGGCGUCGAGUACUGGCACCUGGGACUAGCUUUCUAUGGCGUUCUGGUAGGGCUAUUCUAUGCUCCUUUUAAAUGGUACCCGGAGAGCCCUAAAUGGCUGUACAUCGUAAAGGGCCGCAAAGAGGAGGCUCGGCAACAGCUGAUGAAGCUCCGGGGAUAUGCCAUGGACAGCCCCGCUUUGCAGGAAGAGUUGGACGACAUGGAAUCGGAAGCCACUUCUAAGGCAGCGGCAAGUGGCUUUCUGGAUGUUAUCCGAGAUCCUAGCCUGCGCCUUCCCCUUAUCAUUGUCUGCGCCUUCCUUGGCGGGCAGCAAUUAUCAGGCAUAAACGCGAUCUUUUACUAUUCAGUGUCUAUAUUUCGAAAAGCGGGUUUAACACCGCAGGCAUCAGAGUGGGCCAAUCUUGGGGCAGGUUCCCUUAAUCUGGCCACUUCGAUGGUGGGCCCGAUCCUACUGGAAAGGGUGAAUAGGAGGCCGUUGAUGCUAUUCUCCACCCUCCUAUGCACCGUCUGCCUGUUCCUGUUCGCUAUGUUGCUUUAUUUUAUCGAAAGCGUUAGCUGGUUUGCCGUUGGUUGCAUUGGGUGCAUUUUCCUCUACAUAUUUUUCUUUCAGUUUGGUCUUGGACCCAUGCCCUUUUUUAUCGGAGCAGAAUUAUUCGAACAGGCGCCCCGACCCGCCGCUAUGGCUUUAGGUAGCGUUGUCUACUGGUCUUGUAACUUCAUCAUAGGAAUGGCCUUUCCCACGCUGCAGAACGCAUGGGGAGCUCUGGUGUUUUUGCCGUUCUCAAUCACAUGUCUCUUUCUUUAUGUUUUAACGAAGUACUAUAUGCCCGAAACUCGUGGCAAAAAUCCCUCUGACGUAGCUCCACUUGUCGCUAAUGGGUUCCGAUCCAGAGUACGGGAGAUCGCUCACCUUGCGAACCAAUCUUAGACAUUCUCAUCCUCCACCUCCUCCACAAAUCAUAAAAGUCACUGUGACUUCUAUCAAACGUAAAACUUCUAAAAGGAGAUAGUCUAGGCUUUGAAUUGGAAGGCCUGUUCA